AUGCCCACCUCCACCCCGACCUCCACCCCCAACGAAAUCCUAGCCACCCGCCUCCUCUCCCUCGCCAGCAAACGCGCCCACCCCAAAACGCUCUGCCCGAGCGAAGUAGCGCGCUCCUUCUCCACCAUCGAGCUCUCAAGCCAACUCGACGUCUCCGCCUGGCGAGAUCUCAUGCCCUCGCUCCGCUCACUAUGUUUCCAAAUGCGUGAGCGAGGGGAGCUGGAGAUCCUGCAGAAGGGUGAGGUUCUGGUGGGGGAUGAUGCUGUGGAAGGAGAGGUUCGGGGCCCGAUUCGUGUUCGUUUGGUGGCGGGGGGGACAAGGAUGAAAGAUGUGUAG